AGCCACGUGUGCCGGGUCUUCUUCGCUGUAAGGAGCAACCACCGCGGCCCACGACAUUACAAGACAGACUCCGGUCCAAGAGACGCACUUCUCUCUCCCUCUCGAACGUCCAAUUCCGUUUCAGAGCCCUGAUCUCGUACCAGCAGCGUGGAGAUCGCAUUUGGCUGCGAUCCAGGAGGUCGAUCGGUGAGCGGCUGCCUGGAGUGGUGGAGGUGGUGUGAGCUCGUUCGAUGAGUUUGGGCGUCGAUCCAGGCUUGCAGGAGUUCGAUCCAGAGAUGUUGGUGUUGGUGGGUGGGGCUGAUUCAGUGUAGGUCCCGGCAGUUGCAUCGGGCAUCGAGGAAUGAGUGUAGAAUUGGGAUUUCUUGUGGGAGGUGUCAGGGUAGGGUGGACAAGUUGACUGUAGCGGUUUUUUUAGAAUCGUGCUGGGGUGGAUGCACGGGGCUUCCGAGCAAGGGGGAUGCUUUUUUAGAGCAGUCCCGUAGACUUCGCCUGGUUUCGUUGAAUACGGGUGGGUUUCAGACCGAGCGAGAGCGAGAGAGAGAGUUUGGAGCGUGUGCUUGCUGCUUGUGGAAGUGAUUUGUUGAGAUCCCUCACGACGUUCUGCCUUGAUUUCGACUCGCCAUUUGAUUGGGCGUAUUAGAAUCUAUGUGUAGGCUUGAAGGUUGUGUGUAUUGCUCUGAUUUAGGAGGAGAUGUGAUACAACCUUAAUGUCGACGGGCGCGCAAGAGGUGCAGUUGUACCUGCUCAUAUCCUCGUUCCGUCUGUUUGUGUGGACUUUCAUACACUUGUGCGGAUACUGUACAUAGUCUUCGUGGGUGACCUUCUCGGUGAUCGCUUUCAUCACCCGUCCUUUCCCCGUGGCUAUGGAUAGAAUGCUCGCUUCAAUACACUAUUGAACCCAUUUUCUCCAUCCUUUCAUCGUCUCACUUCUUCUGCUAGAUCUAGAUUUACAACUCAUGCAACUUGAAGAGGUGGAACCAAUCGUCUUGCGGUGCUGAAUCAGUGGGAGCCAUAUUUUUGAACCAUUCCAGUUUCUUACUCAGUACGAAACUGAACAUUGUAUGGCAUCCGGGGCUGUGAUGCCACGGGCUAUAUUGAGAUAGUACAGAUAUAUUCGAGAUUGAAGAGACUUGUGGUUCCUGAAAUGGCCACAGAUUCAUACCUAGCUCUAUAACAUAGAUAGAUCACUCUCCUAGCGGACUACUCUCAUUUAUAGUGAUCGCAUUGAGUUUUACAACGUAGCAAAGUCCUUUUGCAGCAAAUCCAGGAAAAACUACAUGAAAUAUCGGCUUAUGCCCUAUUCCCACCUGUGCUGACGAGAUUGUUACAAUUUGAAGGUGUGUAUAUUGUCAAUACUAUCAACACAGCAAGAAAAAUGAGGUUUAAUGUAAAAGGAGCAACCGGCGCUGCAGCUGUUGCUGCCAUAGGAAAUUUUCUUCAAGGCUGGGAUGGUGGCGCCAUAGCUGGAGCGCUUCUUUUCCUUAAGCCCGAGUUUCAUUUAGAAGCAACUCCUGUACUGGAGGGUUUGGUGGUUGCCUCUACACUCUUAGGCGCUGUAGUCAGUGUAAGCUUGGCCGGCCCAGCUGCAGACUGGUUAGGUCGGAGAUUCAUCCUAUGUAUAUCCAGUGUGUUGUAUUCUAUAGCAGCAUCGAUUAUGCUGUGGUCUCCGAACGUGCACGUGCUGAUCCUGAGCCGGGUCAUAGUGGGGUUAGCCGUUGGAUUGGCAUCAACAAUUUCACCAAUUUUGAUAUCAGAGUCUGCACCAGCCGAAAUGCGUGGCCGACUUGGAACGCUUCCCCAGCUCUUGGGAUCCCUAGGGCUUUUCUUGGCCUAUGCAAUGGACUUCUACUUGUCACUGCAAGUCAAUCCCAACUGGAGGAUCAUGCUGGGCGCUUUGGGUGUACCCUCUUUAAUCUACUUUUUGUUCUGUCUCUUUGUUCUGUCGGAGUCUCCUCGGUGGCUCGUAAGCAAGGGACGCAUGUACGAAGCAAAAGUGGUGCUGCAAAAUCUCCGUAAUCAAGAGGACGUGUCAGCCGAGCUCGCAUUGCUGGUCGAGGGUCUAGGGGUUGUCACCGAAUCCCGCCUCGAGGAAUGGCUUAUCAAACCAGCUGGCGGAGACGAAUAUGAGCAUUAUAUGGAAGACAACUUGAUAAAGCUAUUCGCUGCUGACGAAGGUGUUAGUUGGGUGGCUACUCCCAUUGUCGAUGACUGGGGUCAUGGCGGACUAGCGCGGACCGGCAGUCAUGAUUUCCAGAGCGUACUUCCAAAGUUAGAUACAACAGUUGCAUUGUUGGGGAAUUUCCAGAUGAAUAACUAUGAUUAUAUGACCUCACGGGAUGUCUAUGACGAUGAAUACAAACACGAUCGGCGGUGGGACGAAGAAGCUCCUAGGACGCCGAGGUAUGGAGCGCAGGGCUAUUACUCUGAAACUGACAUGGGUAUGGUGGAGAGCCGGGAUAAUGAUGACUCGUUGCAGCUUCCGCUUAUCGGCGGUAGUGCCUAUGGAACUGGCAGAUAUGGCAAUCUUACUCCACGCAGCCGGCUGGCAUACGGUUUCUUCGCUCCUACAAUGUCGAGGCAAAGCUCAACAAGAAGCACAUACGACGAUACAAUUGCAGAGGCUCUAGGAACUGUAGGUGUAGGAGGAGGUUGGCAGCUAGCAUGGCAGAGGGAUGGCGAAGAUGGUUCACUGAGGAGGGUGUUUUUGAAAAGUGAAGCUGGUGAUUUGUCCAAUAUAACUACGCAUGCGCUGUCUGGGUAUGGAAUAGGUGGUGAUUGUGAAUCGUUUCCGGCUGCUGUGCUCGUGGCAAAAACGGCCCUUAACCCUGAGCUGCUAAAAGAGCAUCCAGUGGGACCUGCCAUGCUCAAUCCUGCUGAGAUUGCCAAGCACGGAAGUUCACGUUCAUACUUGAAGCAAGCCGGCGUUCGUCGUGCACUUAUUGUUGGAGUAGGCCUUCAAAUAUUGCAGCAGGUUAGCGGUAUCAGUGCUGUCCUAUAUUUCACUCCUCAAAUUCUGAUGGAAUUGGGAACUGGAGCCUUGCUUGCAAAAAUUGGAAUUGAAGGUGAAUCGGCUUCUAUUUUGGCAAGUGGCGUCACAUGCUUACUCAUGCUGCCAUGCAUUUUGAUAGCAAUGCGGCAUGUGGACUCAUCAGGCCGCAGGCAAUUGCUGUUGGCAACGAUUCCAAUUCUUAUCAUCUCUCUUGUAGCUCUUGUACUGGCUAAUAUGUUCCUCCCCACAGGCCUAAUGGCUUCAGCUAUUUCGUUUAUAUUUGUCACCAUCUUCAUCUGCUCCUUCGUUGCAGGAUUUGGUCCUGUUCCCAACAUCCUGUGCUCCGAAGUUUUUCCAACAAGCGUUCGUGGCGUUUGCAUCGGCAUCUGCGCUGCUGCCAUGUGGUGCAGCAAUAUUCUUGUAACAUACUCUUUCCCUCUUGUCAGUAAGCAAAUAGGCCUCGCGGGAGUGUUCAGUCUUCUGUCUGUUGCCACUGUAGCUGCUUGGAUCUUUGUAUUUCUGAAAGUUCCAGAAACCAAGGGUCUUCCUCUAGAAAUCAUCUCGGAGUUCUUUGCAGUUGCCCCCUACAAAAAGGAAAAAGACAAGAAUCUAGAGUACUUCUAGACGUGUUCACUAGGAGGGUUGUAGCCCCAAACUCUUCACAUCGAUGCUAAUUUUCAAUUACAGGUACACCAAAGAGCACACUGAUACUGAAAACAGAAGAGUGCAUACAGAAGUGGGCUGCUUUAAACACGAUAAUAGGCAGGAUAUGUAAUAAUGUAACGUGACUAAAUCUCAAGCAAAAAUGUAUAUUUCAAGAGUUCGAAAGGUGUUCAAAGGGCACCAUUAAAUUUCGUCUCAGCUUAUUAUCA